AGAGGAUGAUGUCAUCCGGGAGUCACUCAGUGUUUUUUUUCUUCUCCUGCUCUAUCGCUCUCUCUUCGCAUUUGCACUCUCCAUUAGUGAGGUGACAGGACACUUCUCUGUCUGUCCAUAUUUUCUCUCUUUCUCGCUCUCCCUCUCUCUCUUCCUCCUUAGCUUCCUUUAACAGCAGGGAUGUAGUCCUCUGCCCCUUUCAAACUUCAGCACCUGCUAUGCUGUGAACUCCUUGGUGACCUCUAUUGAUUCUAUUGAGACCGCUCCUUACUGAGAUAUUUUGCUCCACUUGUUUGAGAGGAUCUAAGAGGACCUUAUUGGGUUUGGAAGUUGUUUGAUUUCUCUCUAUACCCUGGUAGAACUACAGGACCAUGGCCAUGAAGGAGACCAUUCUGCCCAUCAGCGAGGUGUCUGGCCCGGCCCCGUUGCCCUACCCGGAGGUAGUGGAGCUCAACGUGGGUGGCCAGGUGUAUGUCACGAAGCGCUCUACCCUGGUCAGCGUGCCCGACACCACCCUGCACGCCAUGUUCACCCGGUGCCCGCCACGGGAGCUGCCAAGGGACAGCCGCGGGCGCUUCUUUAUCGACCGCGAUGGCUUCCUGUUCCGCUACGUGCUGGACUUCCUGCGAGACCGCCAGCUGGUGCUGCCCGACCACUUCCCUGAGCGUGAGCGCCUGCAGAGGGAAGCCGAGCACUUCCAGCUGGGCGAACUGCUGCGCCUCCUGGGGCCCCGGGUGGGUUCCAAGCAAGGCUCCAUGAAUGAUGAAGGCUGCCACAGCGAUAUUGAGGAGAGCUCACAAAGCAGUGAGUACCCCACAGGUCGUACCUUGACUUCCUCGGACAAGAGGUCAGGGUUCAUCACCAUCGGCUACAGGGGAUCCUACACCACGGUGCGGGACAAUCAAGCCGACGCCAAGUUCCGACGCGUGGCCAGGAUCAUGGUGUGUGGACGCAUCGCCCUGGCCAAAGAGGUGUUUGGGGAAACACUGAACGAGAGCCGGGACCCAGACCGGCCGCCAGAGAAGUACACGUCAAGGUUUUACCUCAAGUUCACCUACUUGGAGCAGGCAUUUGACCGGCUUUCUGAGGCGGGCUUUACAAUGGUGGCUUGUAAUUCCACGGGAACAGCCGCUUUUGUCAACCAGUACAGGGACGACAAACUCUGGAGCAGCUACACAGAGUACAUCUUCUUCAGGCCGGCAUCGAAGAUCGUCUCCCCCAAGCAGGACUGUGAGGAGCGCCAGAAGGACAAACUGGGCACCGACAAAGGCAGCGAGAGCGGCACCUCCCUCAACGAACUCUCCACCUCCAGCUCCGAGACCCACUCUGAGGCCACCUCGCCCCAGGACGGCCCCAACUUGGGUGGGGGAGGCGGCGGGGGAUCCAUGGCCCCCUGCGGAGCCCUCCAGUCUGUCUCUCGGCAGCCCAGCACCCUCACCCUUGGGCGGCCCUCCAAGAAGGGCUCGUCAGUGCAGUGGAUGCAGCUGCCAGAUAAGCGACGCAACAGCGAGCUCUUCCAGUCGCUGAUGGGGCGUGAGGGUGGCCUGAGCAGGAAGAAGAACACGGAGAGACCCAGCGCAGAGGAAGAGAUGAAGCAGUGCAUACAGGACUUUAACAACAUCAAAAUCCCACAGGCUUUCCCCGAGCGCAAGCGUCAGUGGCAGUCCGAACUACUCCAAAAGUAUGGUCUAUAGGGACCCUUUUCUAACACCAUGCCACAAGCAGUAGUCAUUUUAAUUUGGAUUCCCUCCAUUUGGCUGGUUUUAAGUGCUAUGAUUCAUUCUAAAAUGUCUUCCAGUUCAAAUGAAGUUAAAAGGAUGAUCAACAAACUGUUUUUGUGAGGGGAGGCACAAGGUUAGUAAGCACAUGCAUUUCUGGGGCACAUGUUAAAAGAAGCACAGCAGAACUCCCCUUUACCGGUAUGUUGUCUCUUCAGUUCUAGAUUACGUUUGAAACAAUAUGCCUAUGUGAACAGUAUAUGACUACUGUACAUUUGUCCAGUUUAUUAGGUACACCACCCCGUUCACAAAAUUGGUUCGCUCCUACAGACAGCGAGUCAGGUGGCUGUGGCAUGCUAUAUAAAGCAUGCAGACAUGCAAAGAGGCAUUCAGUUACUGUUCGACUGACUGUUAGAAUGGGCAAAAUACAGUUGAAGUCAGAAGUUUACAUACGCCUUAGUCAAAUACAUUUAAACUCAGUUUUUCACAAUUCCUGACAUGUACUCCAAGUAAGAAUUCUCUGUCUUAGGUCAGUUAGGUUCACCACUUUAUUUUAAGAAUGUGAAAUGUCAGAAUAAUAGUAGAGUGAUUGAUUUAUUUCAGCUUUUAUUUCUUUCAUCACAUUCCCAGUGGGUCAGAAGUUUACAUACACUGAAUUAGUAUUUGGUAGCAUUGCCUUUCAAUUGUUUAACUUGGGUCAAACGUUUCGGGUAGCCUUCCACAAGCUUCCCACAAUAGCUUCCCACAAUAAGUUGGGUGAAUUCAGUUAAGAACAAAUUCUUAUUUUCAAUGAUGGCCUAGGAACAGUGGGUUAACUGCCUGUUCAGGGGCAGAAUGACAGAUUUGUACCUUGUCUGCGCGGGGAUUUGAACUUGCAACUUUUCGGUUAUUAGUCCAACACUCUAACCACUAGGCUCCCCUGCCACCCUAUGUGCAGUUGCAAACCGUAGUCUGGCCUUUUUUUUUACCUGGUACGAUGUGUACCUAAUAAACUGGUAACUGAGUGGAUAUUUCCAUUAUUUGACACAUUCAGUGUCAGUGGAUUGAAAUUGUUGUGAAUGCAGAUGACUCUUAACAAAUAAGAAAACAUAGAUAAACUGUAGACCGCUAAAGACUGAAAGUACAUUAUUCUCUCUGUAGAUAAUUAAGUGUUCGACAUGUGAAUUGUUUAAGAAGUUUGUAAAUCCACAUAGUGGAAAGAGGGGAAGAUGUCCAUUCAGUAUCUACCAUGGACGUCCUUUGUGUUUACUGUUGUUGUCCAUGGUCAAUAUGUGCGUAAUGACAUUUAUUGCUACUUUUCUAUUCUACAAUAAAAUAUAUCAUGUUAUAACA